CGUAUUUUUUUGGGGAAUUGUAGCUUGGGAACUAACGGACCUACGCUUUAACGACGCGCGUAUGUAGUAAGUUUCUCGGACUUGUAAAUUAUAGGGUAUUUUUCUUUCUUUCGGACUUGUAAGUAUAGGCUUUUUUUUUUUUCUUUUUUUUUUUUUCCUUUUUUACUUGUAAGUAUAGGCUAAUAUGCGGGAUUCUGAAUUUUUUGGAAGCACACGUGGCACCGGACUAAGUGGCAGACCACGGUAUCCCUACGGCGAGUUAGGUGUCCGAGUCACGGCACUAACGGAUCGUUCCCGCUUAAAGUCGAGAAAAGAGUUGUGCAGGCAACGGCAGGAGUUGGAGGUGAGGAAGAAGGCAUUGAUUGAGAAUAUCUCUGCUCGAAAGAAGUUCCUCGCGAGUCUUCCGUCGCAACUGAAGGGUCUAAAGAGGGCGUCGGUAUCCCUACAGAUGCAGCUUGGCGUGCAUCAUAAAAAGCGUGUGAAGCAGAACCAUCUAGCCGAGCUGUUACCUCCUCCUCUCUAUGUUAUCUACUCCCAGCUGAUUGCCUAUAAGGACGCGUUUGCGGAUUCGAUAGAGGCCGAGAUCUUGGGGAGCGCCAAAGAAGCAGAGGCCUUGAUGAGACUUCAGGCGUCCCGCGAAGUUGGCCUGCACUUAAUACCUGCGGUCACGACGACUGCAGCCGGUGGGGAACUGGGAGGAGGAGGAGGUGAGGGAGCUGGAGGAGGAGGAGGAGGAGGAGGAGAAGGAGGAGAAGGAGGAGGAGGAGGAGGAGGAGGAGAGGACGAGGCCAUGGAAGGCGAGGAGGCUGUUGAUCGGCAUAAGAGGGCGACUAAGGGAAAGGACACUCUGAUGGCCGCUAAUGCCGAGCAGGUGUAUCGAGCGCAUCCGCUUACUGUUGUCCUGAACAUCUUCGAGGAGAACGCUGAGGGCGGGAAGGACGAGAUGAAAGAUAAACAGAAGAAGCUAGUGGGCGUUGUAUUCGAGUACUUGCCUCGAUUGAAGGUUGUGUGCGCUGCGGUGUCUCCAGGCGAAGGAGGGGGCGAUGAGAAGAUGUUGGGCAAUCUUUUCCCAGAUGACACAGGUGCCGACACACCUAAUCAGGCAACAAAGCUGUACCUGGAUGGCACGUUCACAUUCGAUCCAAGUCGGCCUUCUCGGCCAUACAAAUGGGCUCAGCAUUUGGCAGGAAUGGAUUUCCUUCCCAUAGUACCUCCGUCGUUAUUGCCUGAUGACAAAGCCGGGGCAGGGUCUGCUGUGAGAGGGGUGAAUGGCGAAGUGCUACUCGCCGGAUUCUCUGCGUAUCGUGAGCAGCAUCGUGUGCACAAUGUGAUCCAACAGUUGAGGGCGAGGAAACGUGCACAGCAGGCGCUGAAGUGAGUCAUCACGCAGCAGUGAGUCCUACCUUCCAGUCAUUGUCUCUCUCCACCAUGCCGAUAGUCAGGGAGGGUAUUUUGCCUGAGCGACCUUCUGCAUGUGUGCUAAGUCAAUGAACCUGUGAAGGACACAAUAGAGGACGGCUUUGUCCACUACUGUCACCGGGGAUUGGGCUAUUUUUCCGUGACAUUUUCACCGGGUUGUGAGUUGUUUCGAUCCCGACAAUGGAAUAUUGCUUCACUGAUGAUGGCCUUGGCAAUUUGCCCCUGUUCGUCUAAUCUGCCCGUGCGCACGCGUGUGUGUGCGUGUGUGUGUGUGUGUGUGUGUGUGUGUGUGUGUGUGAGAGAGAGAGAGAGAGAGAGAGAGAGAGAGAGAGAGAGAGAGAGGUUAAUGCGAAUUCUGGAGCUCAAGGCUCUACGAACCCUACGUCACUGCUGCUGAGCAGGCGACUGUAUUGUCAGGGAGAACCGAAAGGAAGGAGAGGAGAAUAUCGGGAAGAGGAAGGUGGCUGUUGUUGCUGCCGUUGCAGGUGCAAGAUCCGUCGAUUGGGUGGUUGGGUGCAUGUUUGUAGCUAAACAAGCUAAUCUGAAGCGUUUACAUAUGCGUGUCUCGCUUGACCACCCACAAAGUUUGGAGCAAGGAAAUUGAACUCUGAAGUUGGACUAGUUUUGCGUAGAAGAACACAGGACAAUUGGAUCUUCAGGCUUAAGACAAUGGUAAGGAAAAACGUCGCCCACAUCUCACACACUCCUCGCUGUCGUGUGCCCGGGUGGCUCCCAGGUGUUUCCAGGCUUGACAUCUGUGCAUCUCACCUCUCUCAGGUUUUUCAGCUUUCUCAGGUUUCACUUUUCUCAAGUUUCUCAGACCUCUUGCGGAAAGGUUGGCGUCUGUGCACCGCACAAUUCCGUGGCUGGCUUGGUGCUCUAGGGGUCUCCGUCUUGGCACUCUAGUGGUUCCCGUCUUGGCAGUCCAGCGGUCCCCAUCUUGGCCUCUACCCUGUUGUAUGGGGCGUUGUUGGCUGAAACUUUUUUUUCUUUUUUGUUCUUUUUUUCCGCGUGCCGGCACGAAAUGUGGCGUCGAAGUUCCCGUCAUACAUGAAUCUGGAAGGUGGAAACACUCCGCAGUCUUGCGGAACUAAUGGACAGCCGUGUGCGUGGAAGUUUUGCAUGCACGGUUCGAAGGGGAAGCUGAGUCAGAUUAUACGCACUGCUUAUACCCUAUCUAUUGGGUCAUUGGGUCAAAUCCAACCCUAGGGUGUGGAUACCGUUUUACCCAAAUGCGCGUCCGGCUCCUGAAAUGGGACCACUCGGCUGGGCCCAUUACUUACCAAGGUGACUAUGGCCUUGUGUAAUGCCUUUGUAGCCCGACGGUGCAGCCGGUUCCAGAAAUGGGACUACUCGGCUCGGCUAGUGUAAAAUGCCUUUUAGCCCGACGGUGCAGCCAGGCAGUAGUUAGCAAAGGUAGCUCUGGCCUGCCUGCUGGCCUUGUAAUGCCUUUCACGAG